AUGCUCUCCCCAUCUCCCUGGUCGACUGGCCUCUUCGACUGCUUCGACGACUUCGGAAACUGCUGCUUAACUUUCUUCUGCCCCUGCAUUACAUUCGGCCGCAUCGCCGAGAUAGUCGACCGAGGCUCAACAUCCUGUGGGGUUGGUGGGGGUCUUUACGCUCUGAUACUCUGUUCAACUGGGUGUCAAUGGAUAUACUCGUGUUUCUAUCGGUCGAAGAUGAGGAGCCUUUUCUUCUUGGAAGAGAGCCCUUGUGCAGAUUGUCUGGUGCAUUGUUGCUGUGAGACGUGCGCACUUUCGCAGGAGUACAGGGAGUUAUUUAACCGUGGAUUUCGUUUGGAUUUAGGAUGGGAAGGUAAUUUGUCCAGAGGGUCAGGGGGAGCCGGGGCGGGAUUCGCGAAUCGCGAUGCGGUGCGGUCAGCCGGUCAUGCGGGUCGCGGGAUUCACGAAGCUGCAGUGCCGCGGGCAGCCUGA